AUAUUGAUGAAGAGUUAGUGGAAGAAAUGUUUCCAACGUCUUUGCUAGUGGAGCAUACCUUUGAGGCCUAUAAAUUUACCAUGUCUAGGAUUGAGGUAUCGAUGAAAAAGCAAGUCUCUUCAUCAUUGAAUAGAUCAAAUACUAUUAAUUCAGGGUCGGUUCAAUCAACAGCAUCUGUAUCAAAUAGAAAUUUAGGAUCUAGUGGAGCUA